UUACCACCAAAAAUCAUAAAGACGGUGAAAAGCAUUAAAAAGUGUACGAUGAUUCAACAAAAGCGUAAAUUAUUUAACAACAUCUGAAAUGAGAUAAUCCUUGGACGCUACACGACAUACAUAAAAUUGAAGUGGCGUACCUAAGUGUCUGAUAUAUUAACUUGCACGUGUUGAAUUCAUCAAACAAAUGUAAAAUCAUACAGGGAGUUGCAAAAUGCUUCAAGCACUUGUAGAAUGCGACAGCUUUCAGAAGUCUCAAGCUGCUUGCAUGUCUUAAUUUGUGCAACUGGUUUUGCAUUGUAAUAGCCAGUUUUAAAAAAUAGCUAGUUUCAAAAUAUAGCUAGAUUUAAGAUAGCUUAUUUUCAAGUAGUUAGAAGUGAAAUAGCUAGUUUCAAAAUAGCAAUAGUUCUAAAAUAGCUAGUUUCAAAAUAGCUAGAUUUAAAAUAGCUAGUUGUAAAAUAGCUUGUUUUGAAAUAGCUAGUUUUAAAAUAACUUGUUUUCAAGUAGUUAGAAGUGAAAUAGCUUGUUUUGAAAUAGCUUGUUUCAAAAUAGCUUGUUUCAAAAUAGCUAGAUUUAAAAUAGCUAGUUGUAAAAUAGCUUGUUUUGAAAUAGCUUGUUUUCCAGUAGCUAGAAGUGAAAUAGCUUGUUUCAAAAUAGCUUGUUUCAAAAUAGCUAGAUUUAAAAUAGCGUGUUUCAAAAUAGCUUGUUUUAAAAUAGCCAAUUUUCAAAUAGCUAUAGCUAGUUUUGGAAGAGUUAGUUUUCAAAUAUACUGAUAAAUUAUAGCUGGUUUUAAAAUGUAUAAUUUUAAGAUAACUAGUUCUGGAAUAGCUGGCUAUGAAAACGAAAUAAUAUAAUUGAAAUAGCUAUUGUUUUUAAAUAUAUACCCACCCCGGCUACUCGUUACAGGAUUGUUUGAAAUACUGCUGAAAAACGUAUGAAAUAUUGCUCUUCCGCAAAGAGGUAUAAUGGCUGUUGAGAUUCUUAUACUUAUACGAGACAGUCUGCAAGAAAUAGAUUCACUCUUAACUGAAAAUAUGCAGGAGAAUUGUAAUAUGUGUAUGAGGCGCUUGGGGGUUCUGGCUGAAGAAGCAAUGCGCUGUGAUUCUAUCGACAUUGGUAUUGUUGAAGAACUAAAUAGAGCAAAAAAUCAAUUGAUAUCAGAGUCACAAUGGAGUGAGAGACAUUGUCCUUACCAAGCUCCUUUAGAAACGAACGCUCGUAGAGGAAGACCGAAAUUUUUUAUUUCAGAAGAGCAACUAUGUUUUUUCAAAGCCAAUGGAUUUACACAAAGGGAAAUGGGUGAAAUGUUAGGCGUCAGUCUAAGAACCAUCGAGAACAGAAUGGCUGAAUAUAAUAUGACCAAUGCAAGUCGUUAUAGCAAUAUUGAUGACGAAUGUUUGGAUAUUUAUGUACAACGAAUUGUGGGGCAUUUUCCUAGAUCAGGGGAAAAAACAAUUGAAGGCGAGCUAAGAUCUCUCGGAGUUUGUGUGCAGAGAAGGCGGCUUCGUGAUUCUUUAAAACGUGUAGAUCCAGUUGGACGACGCAUACGGGCGAUGACUGUAAUACAAAGGCGUGUAUACAAUGUUCACUCACCUCUAGCUCUCUGGCAUAUGGAUGGCAAUCACAAACUUAUUAGGUGGCGUUUUAUUGUUCAUGGAUGCGUUGACGGAUUUAGUAGGGUGGUUGUCUACCUUGCUUUGUAG